AUGUUCAAGACUCUCAUUCAUCUCGCCACGCUCAGCUUGGUGCUGGCUGACGGCCCCUUCUUCACAAUUCAACCCAAGUCCGAUUCGGGCAAGUGCAUCGACACUCGCCCACUCUCUGGUUCAGACCUCUCCUAUGCGUCUCUGAGAGACUUUAUGGGUUCUUCCCCGGUGGCGGCCGCGGCUGCUUCGCCGACUACAUUCCCAAAUGUCUUCCCCGAGGGUGGCAGCCCGCCAGGCGUCACUGAGUGCUCCACCGCCGAGGACGACGUUGCCGGGGCGCAGUGGUGGUUCGAUGAGUGGGGCAAUGAUGCGAUGAAGUUCCGCAAGGCCAAGGCCGGUCGUUAUGGUCUUGACCAUGUAUUGAGCGAAGUUGGCCAGUUGGUCCCAUUCGUCGCUCGCGAUACGGAUAUUCAAGAGGAUGUUCUGAUCACCAGCGGUCAUGUCGUCCCUGACCGCCAGGGGUACCUCAUGCUCAGAGUCAAAGUUGCAUCUGCUUAA